AUGUCUUACUGCGGAGAUGCCUGUGUACCAUACAGCAACCCAUGCGAAGUGAGCUGCCCUCCACCCCUGGCCAACGCUUCCAAUGAGCUGUGUGUGACGUCCUGCGAUGACUCCAGAGCAGUUGUGUACCCACCACCCGUCGUCCUGACUUUCCCAGGGCCGAUCCUCAGCUCCUGCCCACAGGAAAGCGUGGUGGGCAGCGCUGGACCACUUGGCGUCGGCGUCCCUUUUGGUGCUGGGGGCUGCCUUGGUUACAGGGGCUAUGGAAAUCCUGUUGGUUUAAGGGGCUCCCUUCUUUUUGGGGGUGCUUAUGGCUCUGGGAGUGCAUGCAAUUACAGCAGGUCUUACAGUUCUGCAUUCCCACCACUGGGCAGGGGGUAUUGUAGCCCAUACUCUUACCGCCGGUAUAGCACUUACAGCCGAGGAAGUUCGGGGCCAUGCUAA